UCCAGCCAAUCAGAGCGUAGAGCACGGGGAGCGCCGCUGUUUGAAUGCUGUGCGGAAACAGGCAGCCUCGCAACCGAGUUGACUAGUGAACUAUAGCCCAAUGCAGUUAGCUAGCUAAAGAAUUAAAUGUGGUGCAAUUCAUGCGUUACCACGUUUGAGAAGAGGUAGACAGCAAUUUUAAGUCGUGUGACGACGAGCAUCUCUUUUGUUUUUGCUUUUUUCGACUGAUACUCGUUAAUGAGCUAACCUAGCUGGCUAACGUUAGUUAGCUAACUGCAUUGCAACCGCAGAUAGCUAUUAGAUAGGAGCUCCAUAAUGUAACGCUGGUCAAGCCGUUUGCAUCUCUUUGAGACUGAGUGGCAUUGCAGUUGUUACUGUUGGGGUCACAGUUGGUAGACCGUUGUGGAGAGCAAACGUCUUGAGAGCAGUCAAGAUCCACGGGAGGAUGAGUUAGCGUCAGACUUCUGAAGAAAGUGAUUAGGUUAGAGAGGCUCGAGUCGGGACGAAGCUGAUACAACCUCGAAUGCCAGGUUACUUUGGUCCUGACAGGAGAGGGGACGGACUGUUGUAAAGUUAAUUUGAAAGUACGCGAUAGAAGUGUAAAAUAAAGGUCAUGGAGAGAAAUGUGAUGCGUCUAGUGGCUGUGCAGCACCUCCGCACAGCGUACGGGAUAAAGACAAAGAACUGGAACAAAAACAAAGCAGCCAGCUGUAAGUCGACAGCCAGCAACUCGACAAAGGUUUUUGGGGUAUCUCUGGAGAGCUUACCGUACUAUAAUAUGGAAUUUGGAAGCGUGCCCAGCUUUCUGGUUGAUGCAUGUAUGAAGCUGCUGGCACAUGUCGACACAGAGGGCCUGUUCAGAAAAUCAGGCUCUGUCAUUCGCCUGAAAGCACUCAGGGCAAAAUUGGAUGCGGGUGAGGAGUGCCUGCCCACUGCGCUUCCCUGUGAUGUGGCCGGUCUGGUGAAGCAGUUCUUCAGGGAGCUGCCGGAGCCUGUGCUACCAACAGAGCUACAGGAGGCCUUCCUCAAGGCCCAGCAGCUCCCCACUGAGGAGGAGAGGACCUCUGCCACCAUGCUGCUGUCUUGUGUACUGCCCGAGAGAAACCUUUGUGUCCUACGUCACUUUUUUAACUUCCUCCAUAAUGUGUCUAAGAGGAGUGCAGAGAAUAAGAUGGAUAGCAGUAACUUGUCUGUAAUAUUGGCUCCCAACCUCCUUCACACUGGAGAUGGCACAGAGAAGAUGAAUGCCAACACUGAGAAACGCCUCAAGCUACAGGCAGCUGUAGUACACUGCUUCAUAGAGAAUGCCCUCAACUUUGGUGUGUUACCACAGUUCCUUUUAGCGAAGGUUCCAGCCAUGAUGGGCUGUGAGGCGGGGGUUCUGUCCCCUGCUCAGGAUGAACUUGAGGAGCUGGACUUAAACUCAGGGAUGAAAAAGAGACACAGACGCAGCUUCGGAGUAUUUUCUUCCGCAACUCCUGUGAUUGCAACACCAGCAUCCAAGCGAAAACUUCCUUUGGAAUCUGGUCAUUCUUUUGGAUUCUCGAACAAGAAACGUAGAUCUGUCAAAAAGAACCUUGGGAUAGAUUUACUUCCCAAUACACUGUUCAGCGGAGUCUCCACUCCUGGAUCAGCUUAUAGUGCUUCGGGAGUCUUGGAUUCUUCCCAAAAUGCCGUGUCCUCAGCAGGGAGGUCCAGAAGGCAGUCAGCUACCUCUGCGAGGAGGAAGAGUCGACGACUUAGUAACAGACAUGCUGUCAACAGAGUUGAAUCUGGAAGGGCUGGCUGCUUUUCUCCUAAAGUCAGCAAAAAAGAAGCACCACGCAAGUCUCUGCGCUUGCGUUUUAGCCUGGGGAAGAGCAGCAAGGACGCUGGAUCUGAGUCGAUUGGCUGGCGACUUGCCACUCAGGAGAGUACCACCAGUUUUUGUUUCACCAAAGAGACAGAGUUCAGUCCAUCAGUACUCCCCAGAAAAACUGAAAGCAAGAGCACCAAGUACAUCAGCAAGUCUGAAGACAACUUGCUGACCUCCCAGUGUGACUCAAGCGCCCACCAGACCUCAUGGAGUGAGGAGACCCAUGUAGGAGCCCAGGCUUUCAGCGGAGGGUUUUUCACAGAUACACCCAUGAACAUGUGCCUUAAGAACAACUACGUGUCUGAGCCAGCCAUUGUCAUAUCCAAGCCCCCAACUCCGAUCAGCCUUCCAAAGAAGCUGUGUUGUGCUUCUAGUGCUGUGAGCCUCGAGAGCGAGAGCUCCGUCGCUGAGCCCCAGAGACAAACCGGUCCCACCCUACUGAAAAUCAAAAAGGCCUUCACAGAGUCAGGUAGCGACCUCCAGGCUGUCGCACAGGACUCCUGCACCUCUGCUGGAGCAAAUAUGACAAAACCAUCAGACAACAGCCAAGUCCGUCCACCUGGGACUCUUACAGUAAGUGUUUGUCCACUGUCUGUGGACAUUGAAGCCUCCAGCUUCCCAGCUCAGCAGAGUCUUCUGGCUAAUGAACAGAACAUUACCUUUGGCCAGAUUGAAAUAGCUGCUUUGUCUCCUUUGCAUAUUGAUAGUGUAGUAUUUGAAUCGGGUGCAUACUGUAGUCCAGCAGUAAAGGCUGAUAAAGGUUCUCUUAGUGUAGCUCCUAUCAGUAGCCUUAAUAGCUCCAUGGUGGGAGACAGUGAAAGUGAGGCACAGCAGGUGAACUGCAGCAGGUUGAUCCAUGCGCUGGACAUCCACAGUCCUGCUCACUUCAAACUGGGUGUCACCUCUGGGCUGCAGUCCACUCCAUACGAGCCAGGCCUGGAACUCAGACAUGAGCUUAGUACACCUCCUAGAGUUGGUACUAAAAUCAGAAUGAUGCCUGAACAAGAUGAAUUUUCACCGGAGCUUGGUACCAGAGCCCAAAACCAACAGCCCCUCUCACCACAAAGCCUGGAGACUGAGAUGUGCCGGGUGGCAGACCACAUUCAACACUUCAAUAGUCUCACCCUUCACUCUCCCAGAGGCUCCAAGGCCAGACAAAUCAGGUCACCUCUCAAGUUCCAGCGCACCCCUGUGCGUCAGACCGUCCGCAGGAUAAACUCGCUUCUGGGAGACAGACCCACUAGGACUGCAGGACUCGCCACCAGCCAGAGCGGUCAAGUGGUGAAGGCGGUGAGCCUUGAGAGCGGCCUCUCCCCUCACCCACAGCUUCAGCCUUACUGGGGAGAGCCACAAGAGGCACGGGCCAACAGCAUGUGUCCCAUAAAGAAACCACCUCCAGUCCCACCCAGAAAGUCAAGCACCUUGGCCCGUAAACCCAAGCCCUGUGCAUUAGGCGAUGUGACCAACACAGUCCAGCCAAAGACCAAAGUGGACUCUUCUGUCCUUGAAACAUCAGGAGCACAGAAGCCUCUUGUGCAGCAGGUUGCAGAGAAAGACAUGAACCAUUACAGAGGUUCACCUAGGAACCCUCUCAACCAAGGACGACUGCUGUCUGCUACCAAGCCUGUAGAUUUAUAGUUCAUAUUCUUUUUGCCUUUUCUGUUUCCACUUCCUAUGCAGGUCUUUGUCUGGUAAACCUACAUGACAUUAAACAUUCCCUCUUAUUUUAUCAAUAUUUUCAGGGUUUUAAUUUAUUUUUAGCCACAGUAGAUGCUGUUUGUGUUUUGUUAGGGCCUUAUUGGGAGACAUUCAUAUGCCUUAUUUGUUUUACUCUAGUAAAACAAGUUUAAAAGCUAAAUAUUGUCACACAUCAGCCUGCAAGAUGAUAUGUUAAGUAGUGUUUAGACUGUAGUGUGCAUGGCAAAUGAUAUGACAUGUGAUUGAUGGUGUGACUGGAAAUGUUUUGAUCAAGUCGUAUGCUUUUAUUUAUGCAUUUCAUAUCUUAUCCAUAGGUAGAUGUUUACUGAAAUUGAAGCUGUAUCUUUUUUAUUACAGAAUAUUUUCUUACGUUUUUUGUCGGGAACAGAGAGGAGGAAAAAAAACGCACCUUUUCUUGAAUUUUAUGAAAGGAGAAAAAAAAAGCCAAGCAGUAUUGAUCAAAUCAUCUGUCUAUCGCAGUCCGUUCAUUUCAAAACCAUCAAACAGUAAAAUGCUCUGCCAUGUGUACUGCUUUAGACCAAUAAAAUCAAAUGACAUAUGUAA